CCCAAGCAGUGGAUUUGUACUGAAGUUCAUGUUCAAGACUCAGGCAUGAUUGACUAUGUCUGUGUCAUGGCACAGUCUGAGUUUAUAAUACUCAAACGCAGCCUGGUUUAAUAAUGGAGUCCAGCAAGGAAACUUUUUCUUUGGCACAGAUGAAGCCCUUCCCAUGGAUAUCCUCUCUUUCUUCACAUUCUGAACAACACUGUACUCACAGCUCACGACUUCAGGUUUAGAAAUCUGAAAUACAGGUUUAGAAAUCUGAAAUAAUUGGUCUGGAAAGAAUGUUUUCCAUGGAAUGGUCUACAAGUGAGGUAUUUAUCUGCAAUCCAGAAUGCUUUCCAAGGCAGGGCUGGAAAAUAAUGUACUGCUUUGUUCUGGCAGGUCAAGCAAGUUCAUUUAGGAGUAAUAUAGCUACUUUCAACCAUAUCGCUUUUAAAAAACUCUCUGAACAAUUUUAAGGAGUAACUACUAAAAAUGCUUUAGCUGUUUUUUGUGUUUGUUAGGAGAUUCUGUCAUUAACUGCAACCACAUCUAUUUCAUUUUUGUUUGCAUUCAUUGUGAACCUUACAGUUGUAAAUCAGAUGAGGACAAAUAUCAUAAAUGUCAAUGAGAUGGUUUUAGAUGCAAGGAGAUGUUCUGAACUCAUCUGGCUCCAGUGUUCUUGCAGAUUUGUAACACAGAAACUGAAGCAAAGGGAGAAUUCAUCAGCUGUGCUCCUAAUGAUGCAAUAUUUCAAAAUAUGUGUAUUACUUUUCCUGAGGGAUUACAUGUUUACUCUGUAAAGACACAUGGAAGUACACUCUGCCUAUUACAAUAGCUGAAACUGCACUAAAAUAACCAGAACGCCAAUGUCAUUUUUUAUUCUGUGUUAAUUUUACUAUUCAAAUUGAGGAUAACUUUUAUUCUCCUUUCUUCUAUCCAUUUAUUAUCCUCUGUCCUUCCCCAUCACCCAAUUUCUAUGCUAUCAGUCUCUGUAUGCCAGGGCGAUAAGUGCAUGAGGAUGGUCAGGUGCAGAAGAAUCCCCAGGAGACUAUCUGCAAAGUGGCUCAAGUCACAUGUUAGAACGCACUUUCCUCUAGCUCGAGACUGCAUUACAGUCCCUACAGCAGCAGCCUGGAAAGCUUGCUUUGCAGGAGAGCACUUUGUGUGGACGCAGAAGAUGCCGAGGAGGCGGAAGUGAGCUUGCACACACAAGAGACUUAUCUGCAGUACCGUAGUUCUGUAUUCACUAAAGGUCCCGUGGUUCACACUGUGGGAACCUUUACUUCCCUGUGAACAGAAAAGGGAUUAAUUUGAGCUUUUAAGCUGUCCAGAGUAAGAAGUUGCCCUUCCUUCCUCUACUCUAGAAGGCAUGAUUUCCAGGAAAGUGGUGGGAUCUCUUGUCUGUCUGUUUGUUGUUACUGCAUUUAUCUGGAUUACAGUUGGAAAUAGAAAAGUGCACUACCUCCCAUAUUACCUUCCUUGCCCCAAAAUCUUCUCCAUGAAACUCCAAUAUACAGAAGAGAAGCUAAUCCAGCUUUUCCCCCAAUCAUUUUAUCAGCAGCCAAGAGUGCUGGCUCCACAGCGUCAGGAUGUGCUGACAGUCACACCAUGGCUGGCCCCCAUCAUCUGGGAAGGAACCUUCAAUUCUGAGAUCCUAGACAGUGCCUACAGGCCACUGAACCUCACCAUAGGGGUGACAGCCUUUGCCAUUGGAAAAUACACAAGGUUUGUGGGCAGCUUCUUGGAGUCGGCAGAGAAACAUUUCAUGAAAGGCUAUCGGGUGAACUAUUAUAUCUUCACGGACAACCCUGAGACAAUUCCCGAUGUCCAGCUGCAACCUGGACGAAGGUUUGUCAUUGUCCCUAUCAAGAAAUACUCCAGCUGGCAAGAGAUCUCCAUGCGCAGGAUGGAGGCCAUAAACAAGCACAUAGCAGAGACAAGUCAUCAGGAGGUGGACUACCUCUUCUGCCUGGACAUUGACAUGGUGUUCUACAAUGCCUGGGGGCCCGAGACCCUGGGUGAUACAGUAGCAGCCAUACACCCCGGCUAUUUCAAUGUCCCUCGAAGCCAGUUCCCUUAUGAGAGGAGGAGCUCUUCAGCAGCCUACAUCCCUGAUGGAGAAGGGGACUUCUACUAUGGAGGAGCCGUGUUUGGAGGGCUGGUCAAGAAAGUCUAUGAGUUCACCAAGACUUGCCACAUGACCAUCCUGACGGACAAAGCCAAUGGAAUCAUGGCAGCCUGGCAGGAAGAAAGUCAUCUCAACAGGCACUUCCUCUCCCACAAACCCUCCAAAGUGCUUUCUCCAGAGUAUUUAUGGGAUGACAGGAAGCCAAAGCCCCCUGAAAUUCACCUCAUACGUUUUUCCACAGUGGAUAAGAACUACAAUGAGAUAAGAGGUUGACCAUCUGAUCCCUGCAGAGGUGUCCUCCACGCAAUCAAACCCACUGAAUAUUAGCUCCCACAGAACAUGCCCCACCAUGAAUUUUUGUUCCCAGUGUGAACAAACUGAGAAAGGAACAUGUGGAUAAUUUCUCUGGAGAACAGGAGUCUUAAUGCAUUUCAGAAGCAGCAGCCAAAGUGGAGGUGAGAAUGAAAAGGUUUCUAGGUUCCUAAUCUUUGUAAAUACAAGCAUCCUGGUUGAGGCUGCAGCACACAAAAAGGCAUCCAAAAGGCCAGUUACCAAAUGCAAAGCUGUCCUUAUAGCAAGGCUGCAGAUGCCUUUACCUGAGUGUUUUCCUGAGGCCCAGCAGAAACUUAGCAAGAUCAAAAUGGUAUUUGACAUUUCUGUGGAGAAGAUGACCUAGAGUUUUAGUAAAGACCUUUUCACUUAAAAAUCCAGCUUUGCAGGGCAAUUAAUUUUCAUGCAUUGUGAUUUAAACUCACACCCUUUUUCAGGAUCAGGAGGAAACUUGCGCUCAGAGCAAGUUAUCCCUGAUUAGUGUGCAACAGGAUUUCUUGGACCUUCUCAGCGGAGAGCUGGUGCCAGCCAUUGCCAGUAAGAACCCUGGUCUGACAGGACAAAUAGUGUGAAUUCAUAUAGCAGUUAUCUUCCACGUUCCAAUCUGUGUUUCGGAGACCCAAGUUUAGACAGAACUGGCACAGCUCAGACCCAGACUGAACUUGUUUGGGUUUAUUUCAAUCACAGAUGUGCUCUGAACCUUUUCCCUGGUUCCCAUGUCUCUGUAGAUCAUGUAAUCUUUUCCAACACAGAAAAUCUGGUAUUGAGAGGUUCAUGUUCCUAUCCAUUGCUUCAGUCCUUUCCAACUUUUCUAAGCUCUGUGAAAUAAAUUGGCUAGAAGCUGCUGGAACUGGCAGUAAGAGCUGAUGUAUUUCCAGCAAACAGGGUGAUUUCAUUUUAUAAUGAAAUGCUCUAGUGAAACUGUGAGUUCAGUCUAGAGCUGGAAGUAGGCUGGGGUUAACAUUUUCUUUGCACAAAUGUGAUGAGAAGCUGAACCAGGCGUUUUGCAGCCUUUAAAGCCUGACAGCUCGCUUGGGUGAAGAGGUGUGGGGGGGUCCAAACACAGGGGAACAGCCACAGCUUGCCAACGAUGACAGCAUAAUUGUCAACUGAGGUCAAAGCAUGGAAGUUCGUCAGCCACAUCCCUUGCCGCAGCACAUCUGCCAUAAACAUCUUCUCCGUUACCUCCCAAGGCAUGCUACAAAAGGGCUGUGCAAAUCCAUGCCAUGCUCAUUUAAUGUGAGCAGGGAGAGGGACCACAGGGAGCAGCAGAGAAUGGCAGUGCUGUACGGCACGGAGAGGAGAAGCAGGGGUGAAAGGGCUAAGCUGACUGUUUCUAAGGGAACAGUUUAAAAAAAAAAAAAAGAAAAGAAAAAAGGCUCAUUUAGCAGAGAGGGAAAAUGGGGAAGAGGUGCCUGACUGUUCUUGCUUCUUUUCACAUGAAAAAUUGCUGUAUGGCAGUGUAUCAAGUAUUUGAAGCUUUAGGGCCCCACCACUGAUUGCAAAUGACUUAACGAGCCCUUUCAGUCCUGUGUGAGCCAGCUGAAAAUGGCACUUGCCAGUGUCAUUGUAGGCAUUUCAUCUUCCAGAAGACUAAUUAGAAAAUCUUUCAUGGUACCCAUAAUAUAGAUAAGGUACACAAAAUACCUCCAGCCCAAAACCCUUAGUGCAGUUGGGUCUGUUGAUUCAUGCUUUAUCCAGCAAAGGGUUUACCUUAUUGUAUUUUCACCAGACUGUUCUUAGUGCUGUGGUGCUGGAGGAAGACACCCCUCUACGUAACUAAACCAAAACUGAAUCUCCUGUGAAGAUGUCUAUGUUUGGUAACCACGCACCUCAUCUAAGCCAAAAGGGUGAAGAAAGAUCCUUAUCCAAAUAUUUCCAAAAAGAUAUAUUCCCACCAGGAUUCCAGGAUUAAAACUGUAUAUUUCUUAUUUGUAAAACAGUUGUGUCUGAAGGCCAUGACUGGAACUAAGGUCUCAUUAUGCCAGUUGCUAUAUAUAUGCAUAUGGAUUUUUUUACGAGCCAAAAGGAACUGUCUAGUCUGAUCUGCACAGGACAAGCCAGGUAAUUUUAUCUCCCAAUGUCAGUAUCAAGCUCACAAUACGUAGCUGGUCUGUGCUAGAUCUCUCAGAAAAGCAUUCAGAUCCAAUAAAAACAUGAAGUGAUAGAGCAGCCACAAAUCUAUAGAUCAGCUGUGCCAAUGGCUAAUUCCCCUUAUGCCUUAAUUCUGCUCUAAAUUGGUCUGUUUUUGCAGCCUGUAUUUGCAGCCAUUGGGCUUCAUUCUGCCAUACUAAAUUACUUGAACUCCUGUGCAGAUAUUCAUAGCCUAUACUAAAUCCACCACGAGAAGAAGUUCUCCAGCACAAAUGAUGCGUGAUAGAGGGUGGCCUAUGUUUCUGGGGUACCUGUUCUGAAAAACUUUUGUGAAAGGCUUGGUCUCCGGCUCCGCUUCCUAGCCACCUUUUGGCCGAAUCCAGGACCCUGUGAUUGACACGGUAAUGGCCUGAUUUGUGCAGUGCCAAACAUGUUUAUCUUCCUGGCAGGCCUGCAGCUUCUCCCCAGGGGAAUGUCUUGUGUCACAUGUUAUGUGACACAGUUCUGCUCGACAGGGCUGUGAUUUGAAGCAGUACUUAGAAACUCCCCGUGUCUCCAGUGAGCAGAAGAAUGUGACUGCAGAAACACGCUCCCCAGUGCAGUGUGGGAGAUGGUCCCUGAAUCAGCUCAUGCCCUCCUCUAAUUAAUGAAAGCCUGGACUUCAGUUGUCAUCUCCUGCUGAUUAAUCCCCUUCCCCCAACACCAGCAGCAAGCUUUCCUUCUCUCAUUUAGAUUGUGCAGCCUGAGGCUUGUGGGCAGCGUGGGAGUUUCACAAGGACCUACUUUCUGAUCAGAAUUCCCCACCAACAUCCAUUGCUCAGUGGGGAAACUGAGGCACACGGUAGCAAGGCAGCAGAGUGGCACUCUUGCAUGUGAGGUCUUGCUCCGCUCGCCACAGGGGACAAUGCAGUCUCACAUGUCCAUGUGCCAAGGGAAUUUGGACUUGGAAACAUGCACACAGUACUACAUGAAAAGUGAAUCACCGCAUGUAAAUAAAUCAUCAGCCGAUUUA